CGCCAGACCCCUCACUCCAAGAAACCCACGCAGCGGCAGCUGCUCGCCCUCCGCGGGGAGACCCGCACGCGCCUUACGCGCAGGAUCAACCCGAACGACAUGGAACUCGACCGACCCCUGCGGAUUCAGGGAACCACCAUACAGCCGACCAAGAGCCUGCGGUAUCUCGGGGUCCACCUGGACCCAGACCUCUCCGGAACCGCCCACCUGGACCACAUACGCACUCGGGCAGCCCAGCUCGCGGGAGCUCUCGCCUCCAUAGCGGGCUCCACGUGGGGGGUCCCGCUGACCAACCUUCGACGCAUGUACACCGCGGUACUCACCCCGCAGAUCCUCUAUGGGAGCUCCGCGUGGCUCAUCCGGGGGUCGCAGGGGUACAAGAGCGCCGAGACCAAGAUCAUGAAAG